UAUAAAACAAUGCUAUUUCUAUUCUUGACCGUCGCUGUCAUCAGCGCCGCCACUAUCCCAGAGCCGGCUCCAGUUGAGAGUGCUGCUAAUGGCUUCGCGUACGCUGUCGACUUUUCCGUGCCAGCUACUGCCUCAGUCUUCAAUUGCCUAAGAAACUCCAAUUAUAGGACCGUUUUUCUACGAGCAUUUGAUCCUCGUGGAUCAGGACAAUUCGAUAGAAAUUCCAUCUCAAAUAUUCGCCAAGCUUUCGCAGGAAUCAAGGUCAAUAAGGUCUGGAUUCAGGUAACUUCUCCACAAAAUUGGGAUCCUUACACGCAAAACAAUGUGUUCUUCCUCAAUCAAGUCAUGGCUGCUGCAAAGAAAUACGGUAUUGGCCUUGGCUUCUACACCAGCUUCUACGAUUGGAGCCAGAUUACCAACAAUGCAUUCGUGAACGGACCUCAACUAUGGUACUGGAGUGUGAAUGGCGGUGGCGUACGCGGUGAAACUCCUGCAAACUUCAAUGAUUUCCGUCCAUUUGCCAGAUUCACGAAACCAACGGUGAAACAAUUUGGCCAAGUGGAGACUGUCUGUGGAGUUACAGUAAACCGGUUAGUUACAGUUACUUAA